AUUGUUGUCAACGCGUUGUUAUGGAGUCUGGUUUAAAUCACAGAAGAGUCGUUGUUUGUUUCCCUCUCAGUAAAUUAGAUAAACCUGCUUUAACGUGGUUUAAAUAAAUAAAUGUCCUCCAUGGACCGAAUUUACGUUUUAAGAGAUCGUAACAAAGAUUUAUUAAAUCAGUUGAAGCAGCAGAGAGAGAAACUGGAGCGGUUUAGCGGCUGCAGUCAGAGCCGCAAGAGGGAGAGAGAGGACGAGGCUGAGCAGAAGAGAGACCCCGCAGAGAUCCGGACCCUGACCGAUGGAGACCGAGGUUCUGCCCGGGCCGCCCUCGCCAAACCUACCGUGAGAUUUGCGGAUACAUGUGAAGGACAAACAAGCAUCCAGAGCACUUUUUCAACACCUACUUUCAAAAGUAAACACAGAGAAGGGACUGCUCAACAUACAACAUCAUCAGACCUUUCCAAAGAUGGCAACGGACGACCUCUUGUCCACAGCAGGCUGCAGGAGACGAGGCCAGCCAGCAACAAGUCCUGUCUAGUAAAUCGCAGCAAAGAACAGAGGGAUGUGCGGAGUCGAGUCACAUUUCAGACUGAUGAAUGCGACGAGAUAUCUGCCUCAGACAGGCAUCAUUUGCAGCCUUUACUCGGAUAUGACUGGAUAGCAGGAGUCCUGGAUGCUGAGGACUCCUUGAUAGAGCGCUCUGACAAGUUCUUCAAUGACCUGCGCACCUUUCGAUCGCUUAAUAAAGACCAGUGUGUCCACAGCCCACAAGUGGAAUUUCCUGAUAAGAACCAUUCGGUCCUGCCACUGCUGACCGACAAGGACGGGCCAGAGGCUAACACGGACACUCAUCAAUGUACGUUCUCUUACAGGAUUAACAGCAGGCUGUUCCCCGUCCCACUUAACAAUCAGGAGUGCUGCCCGGUGUGCAAAGAGCACAAAUCCUCCCGGCCUCACACUUCUGCUGAACCGGCUCUCGUUAGGAUCAGCAUCCCUCGCUCCACCCUCUUGCCAUCUUACAAGUACAAAGCUCAUCGGCGAUGCAGCUUUGACCCUUCUGAUAGUUUGGGGUUACCAUCGCACUGUCUCUCAGGCUGGUCGAACACAGGGCAGAGCUCGCUGCUGCCGCCCAGCAGCCUCGAUCUGCGGAGCAGUCUGAAUAUGAAGAGCUCCAAUGGGUCACAGAACAAGGAACUGGAGAAUCUAUCUACACACAAAGUGUCUGGAAACAAGAUCUCCGAUGUGUCUCGCUUGGCUCGUCACAACUUCCAACACUUCUCUUCCAAAAGAAAACUAGGAAGCACAUUUUACCCUUUGCACUGACAAACAAUCAAAGGCUAUUUUGAAGUGAUUAUAGAAGUUCCUGUGAGUCAUUUGCCCAAAGUGAUUUCCUUUUUUAUGCUCCUGUAUUAAUUCUCUGUAUUUUGCAAAUGUUUUAUUUCAAUAAAGUGUUUCUGUAAUAUCUCCUG